CUCUAUUUCAUACUCUCUGCAAAAGCAGAAGAAGUAGAUGAUGAAGACGAAGUCCUUAGAAAAUAUGCAAACAAAAAUGCUAAAAGAGACCUAUUUGGUUUGACUUCCAAUGGUAAUACCUAGUCAUUUUAUUUAUUUAUUUUAAAUUUCUGCUUUUACUAUAAAAUUUGAAACUUAUCAAAAUAAAAGACAAUAAUUAAUCAAAACAGAAAUUUUUUUUCUUAGUCUGCACAGAAGGGUUUAUUGGUAUGAGUUUGCCAGAAAAUGAAUGUGGGAAAUAAAGGGGAUGGUGAGCAGUCAAUUAGGGAGGGGAAAAAAAGAAAAAAAAAAGAGAGAAAAAAGGUAGAAGAAAGGACUAGUUUGUUGUAGCCCCAAAAGGUAAAGCAGUGUGCUUGGUUGAGCUGUAAGGUGCUAAACUGUAUGUGGGCAAGUUUGUUUAAAGGUUUUUGCCUUUGAUUUUUGUUCUUGUUAAUUGCUUGGUUUACUGAUUUUUGGGACUUAUUUGAGUUGUUUUUAGGCAAACUUUCAUUGCCAUAACUUGCCAUAUCUUCUUGGUUCAGGGGACCAUUUGUUUUGAUUUGCGUGUUCUGUUUUUAUUUAUAUAUAUAUAUAUAUAUAUAUUGGGGAGUCAAGAUUAGUUUUUGUUAUGUUGUUGUUUCUGAAAUUAAUAUUGUUUUGGAAUGCUUUUUUAUUAUUUAUUUUUAUUUUAUUUAUUUAUUUUUUUGUGGUAAAAUUAUUCUACGUUUUUGUUUUGGGGGUUUAUCUAGAAAUGUCUUUCCUUUUCUGCGAUUAGAGUCCAUUUGUUUGAUGAGAAUGGGAUUAUCUUUAGCAGUUAAGGGUAAAUCUGGAUUGAGCUUCUCAAGCAUCUAUUUAGUUUCUUUUGUGAUUAAAUUUUAAGGAAAAAGUUUCAGUUUUUUAUCCAGUUAUCCUGAUUUUUUUUUGCUUUGGAGAAUGGAGUUUCAUAUAUAGAAGAUUGAAGGUGAAUGUUGUUAAUAUUUCCAGUCUCUUCUAAAUAUAAUUAUACUUGAAUUCAAACCUACUUUGUUCAGCUUCUUGUGUAAUUUAAAUUAGUUUUUGAGCUUUGAUUUCAUUAGAGCAUGUUUUUGUUAAUAUCCAACGCUUUUCAGAGAUCAACAAGCAUUGAAAUGUUUUCAAAGGCUUUAUACAUGUACCUAGUUGCCAAAAUAUAAUUGUAUUCAAGUUGUACAAGAAGCCAAAUCCUCAUUCAUAAGGGUCACUGGGGUGCUGUGAUUGUGACAGUGGGGCUAUUUUCACUUUUGUGAUCAAACAAACAGGAAGAGUUUAUUACCUUUUCUCUUUCUUCAACUUUUCCAUUUGGCUUUGGGUUUCUCUUACGUAACAUUUCACUUGUAAGUGAAAUUGAAAAGUUUGGGCAGUUUUGAGUUGUUAUAGGCAUGUUUCGAGAUUCAAGGUUGGAUGAUAAAGAUCACUGACAAACUGAAGCAGGUUAUUCUCUCCUCCCAUACCACUUAUCCCUUUUACUUCAUCUUCUCUCUCUUUAUUUAUUUAUUUACUUUUAUGUGUUAUUUUGAUUGUAAAUGCAUUCAUUUCAUGCAUAUAUAUGUUUCCUCAAUUUUUCUUCCCUUUCCAUAUCAUAUGUUUUGCCAAUUCUUAAUAUGCUUCAAGUAUCAUUUGAUGGGGAAACAUUAUGGCCUGCAGAGAGAGUGGUCUCAUCAAUUUAGGUAAAUUGGUUUGCAAAUCAUAUCCUGUUUGUCAUGUCAUUUUUUCAGAUAUCAGAUUUUUUUAUAUUUUUUUAUAUUUAUAUUUAUAUUUUUUAUUUUUUUAAAAUUUAUUUUUUUCCCAUGGUGGUCAAGAGUUUCUAGAAUGAAAUUUCUUAAUAGGUGGACUUUUUUGGAUGAAAGAUACUAUAUUAUUUUUGGUGCAUAAGAAAAUAUAGAUUAUGUGAAGGGUGUGACUUGGCUUCUGUCUUCGAGUUGAUAAAGUCUGGAAGUUGUUGAGGUCAAAGUUAUGAAGCUUCCCACCACUUUAAGUAAAGAAAAAUCAUCCUUCAAAUAAUAUUGUUUCUUUGACUUUCAUCAAAGGACACUGCCGUCCUUACUUGUCUGCUCCACCAUAAAAGACCAACGCCCAUGAAAAUUCAAAAUGUGGACAUUAGCCAUAUUCCUCUGAACAGAAAGCUACAGGAGGAAAAAAAAAAAAAAAAAUUUACUCGAUCAAUUGACUUACAGUCUACUGAACCAAGUUGAAAUAAUAGAAUAUAUUCUUUUUUAUUGCAUUAGCCUGCUGCAAAUCUUCUGGGUACCCUAAGAAAUUCCAUGAUGAAAAAAGCAAAAAGUAAAAUUGUGAAACUUUCAAGAAAUUAGUACAUUAUUAAUCAAUAAGCUUUCAUAAACUAUAUUAGCUAGCCGAUCGUAUGAGUUCCAACUCAAUGACCAACCAAUCCCAUGGUUUUACAAGGUCAGUCAACCAAGACUCAGUCCAAUUACUUGCAAUGAACUAAACACACACAUAUUCAAGUAUACACACAAAUAUGUGUAUAUAUAUUUAUAUGUGUAUCAAGUGCUACUCGUUCUUACAUUGCCAUUAGCUUUUUUUCAAUCUCUCCCAGCUGUGAAAGUUAAGAAGAAAACAUGGCCGCAGCAGUUGUAGGUGGAGCUUUUCUCUCUGCUUUUCUUCAGGUGCUGUUUGAUAGGAUAGCUUCUCGCGAGGUCGUGGACUACCUGCAGGGAAAGAAAUUCAAUCACAGGCUUCUUUUGAAGCUCAAGAUAAUGCUGUUGUCUGUUAAUGGAGUCCUUGAUGAUGCGGAGGAGAAGCAAAUCAGAAACCUAGCAGUGAAGGAGUGGCUGGAUGAGCUUGAAAAUGCUGCCUAUGAUACAGAGGAUCUCUUGGAUGAGAUUGCAACUGAAGCUUUGCAAUUCAAGUUGAAAGCUGGAUCAAGAACUUCAGCAGGUAUGGCAAGUGACUUCAACCCUACUUAUCUAAAUUUCUAUGAUCUAGAUAUAGAGACCAAGAUGGAAGAGAAUCUUGAGAGGCUAGAAUUUCUUGUAAAACAGAAAGAUGUACUUGGUCUCAAAGAGGGUGUUGGUGAGAAACCAUCACCUAGAAUACCAACGACAUCUUUGGUGGAUGAAACAGAAGUUUAUGGUAGAGAUGAUGAUAAGGAGGCCAUAAUCAAGUUGUUGCUAAGAGAUGAUGAUGAUGUAGGUAGAAAUCAGGUAUGUGUGAUUCCAAUAGUGGGCAUGGGGGGCAUUGGCAAGACCACCCUUGCACAAUUAGCAUACAACAAUGACAAAAUUAAGGAUCAAUUUGAUUUCAAAGUAUGGGUUUGUGUUUCUGAAGAAUUUGAUAUUUUUAAGGUAACGAAAACAGUCCUUUCUGCAGUAACUUCCCAUUGUUGUGAUAACAUGGACCUAGAUUUGCUUCAAGUCAGAUUGAAAGAGCUGUUAGUAGGAAAGAAAUUCUUAAUUGUUUUGGAUGAUGUAUGGAAUGAGAAUUAUGUUAGUUGGGAGGUGAUGAGUAAACCUUUUAAACAUGGUGCUCGGGGAAGUAGGAUCAUUGUAACAACACGCAGUGAAAAAGUUGCAUCAAUCAUGCGCACUACUCCAAAUCAUUAUCUUAAGUGUUUACUGGAUGAAGAUUGUCAGCAACUAUUUGCAAACCAUGCAUUUGAGAAAGGAGAUUUUAGUUCACAUCCAACAUUGGAAACAAUUGGUAGAGAAAUUGUCAAGAAGUGCAAGGGCUUGCCCUUAGCUGUGAAAACACUUGGUGGAUUGUUGCGCUCUAAAAUGGAUGUUGGUGAAUGGGAGCGGAUAUUGAACAGUGAUAUUUGGGAUUUGUCAGCUGAUGAGAGCGACAUUCAUCCUUCUUUGUGGUUAAGUUACCAUUAUCUUCCCUCACACCUAAAGAGAUGCUUUGCUUUUUGUUCAAUACUCCCUAAGGGCUAUGAAUUUGAAAAGUGUGAAUUGGUCUUGUUGUGGAUGGCUGAAAAUCUUUUGCAGCAAACAAAAAGCAAUAAGAGAAUAGAAGAAGUAGGUGAUGAGUAUUUCAAUGAUUUAGUAUCCAGGUCAUUUUUUGUGCGAUCAAGUGCAGACGUAUCUCGAUUUAUUAUGCACGACCUGAUGACAGAUUUAGCUAGAUUUGUAUCAAAAGAGUAUUGUUUUACAUUAGAAGAAGGCAACUCAAAGGAUAUUGUGAUGAAGGUGCGCCAUCUGGCUUAUGUUACGGGCUAUGUUAAAAAUGACUUAAAGAGACUUGAUUCUGUUUUUGAAGCAACUCGUUUGCGCACUCUUUUACCACUUGAAAUGUCCAUGUUUACUUCAACCUAUUUAUCUAAUGAAGUAGUGGAUAAUGUAAUUCUGAAGUUAAGGCAUUUGAGAGCAUUAUCAUUGUCGAAAAUCCAAGGUUUCAAUAAGCUGCCUGAAUCAAUUGGUGAAUUAAGGCAUCUCCGCUACCUUGAUCUCUCUGAGACUAUGAUUUAUAGAUUGCCUGAAUCUGUGAGUAUGUUGCACAAUCUACAGACAUUAAAUCUGUCAGAUUGUUAUUAUCUCACUGAGCUGCCUAAAGAUAUGCAUCAUCUCAUUAACUUGCGACAUCUUGAUAUUAGUUAUUGCUAUAAGCUGGUAGAGAUGCCAAGACAAGUAAGCAAAUUGAAAAAUCUCCAAACAUUGAGUACUUUCUUUGCGGGAAAAGAAAAUGGGACCAAGAUUCAAGAGUUGAGGGAGCUUUCAAAUCUCCGUAAGAAACUUUGCCUUGAGAAUUUACAGAAUGUUAUAAAUGUUGAGGAUGCAUUAGAAGCUAAGUUAUUGAACAAGAAGUAUCUUGAAGAGUUGCAGUUUUCUUGGAAAGGCGAACCUGAUGAUUCAAGACACGACAUGGAUGUACUAGAUAAGCUUAUGCCUCACAUGAACUUGGAAAUGCUUUACAUCAAAGGAUAUGGAGGUACAAGAUUCCCAAAUUGGUUAGGGAAUCGUUCAUUCUACAACUUAGUGUUCAUAGAACUCUCAGGUUGUAAAUACUGCAACUGUUUGCCAUCACUUGGACAACUACCCUCUCUCAAAACUCUAAAUAUUUAUAAUCUUUAUGGAGUAGUGACUGUGGGUGCUGAGUUUUAUGGGGACAGUUCUGCUGCAAUAAAGCCAUUUCCAUCAUUGGAAGCCUUGCGCUUCCGUCGGAUGUCAAAUUGGGAAGAAUGGUUUCCUGUGCAAGUUGAAUAUGAUGGUGCUUUCCUUAACCUCCAAGAACUUGAAAUAGGCGAUUGUGAUAGGCUAAUCACCAUUGGUCUGCCAUACUACCUUCCAUCUUUGGUGAAGCUUAUAAUUGAUGGAUGUCAGGUUCUUGCUUCUUCACUUCCAAAGACUCCAGCUAUCCGCCAGUUGGAGUUAGGCAACUGUGAGAACUUAGAGCUAAAGGAACUACCACAAACAGUGGAAUCAAUCAGAAUUGGAGGAAGUAAUGGUGUAAAAUCAUUGAUUGAUGCGUUGAGGAAUAAUCAAAUUUUGUGUCUUCAGUCUCUUCACAUUCAUAAUUGUCCUUCCUCAAUUACCUUUCCUGCAGAAAGUCUAUCCAUUUCCCUUACAGUGCUAGAUAUCCAUAAUUGCGAGAAACUAGAAUUUCCAAUGCACCACUCACUUAAAACGUCCAUUCAAAAGAUUCACAUAUCAAAUAGUUGUGGUUCACUGGUAUUCUUCAGCCUGGAUUUCUUUUCCAACCUCAAAAAUCUUGAUAUCAAAAGAUGCAAAAAUCUAGAAUCUCUAGUAGUGUCAGAUUUGUAUGCCAAGACCUAACAUCUCUAUCAAGUCUUACCAUAAGUGGUUGCCCUAAUUUCAUAUCUUUUCCUAAUGGUGGAUUGCCUACACCAAACCUCAUUUAUCUUUCUCUCAAAGAUUGCGAAAAACUAAAGAUGAUGCCUGAGAAAAUGAAUGAUCUCCUCCCAUCUUUGCAAUACUUGUAUAUCUCUAAUUGUCCACUGCUGGAGUCAUUUCCUGAAACUGGUCUUCCCUCUAAUCUUUGUACGCUUAAAGUGAAAAACUGCCCUAAACUCAUUGCUUGUCGAAUGAACUGGAAUUUGAAAACACUCAAAGCUCUUACACACUUUACAAUCGGAGAUGAAGGUGAAAAUGUGGAACUCUUUCCGGAGGAGGGGUUUUUACUGCCUACCACCAUUACCUCUGUUAAAAUUGAUGGACUUCCAUUUCUUAAAACCUUGGAUAUAAAGAGGCUUCAACAACUCCACUCUCUCAAAGAAUUGUACAUCUUUUCAUGCCCUCAGUUGCGAAUGUUGCCAGAAGAAAGAAUGCCUACCUCUCUUGUUCAUUUAGAAAUCUAUGAUUGUCCUGUCCUGGAAGAAAGGUGCCAGAAGAAUAAAGGAGAAGACUGGGACAAGAUUUCUCAUAUCGCUCAAUUUGAAACAAUGACAUCUUCAUCAUUGGAUGAGUUAUAUAUGAAGAUGCCGCAGACAUUCAAAGAAGAGGAAAGUUUCACGUGGCUGAAACCAGUGGGCGAUGGUGAAACUGCAAUGCCCUUCCAAUGGCCAAGUGUCCGAAGGAGGAGAGGAGGAAGAGAUGGCAAUGUUCAGAAGUUGAGGUGGGUUCCCCGAGUGGAGAAGGAAAACUGAAGCUCGGGCCAUUUCUUUUUUCAUGAGGACCAACAUGUACUUGUACCAUGAACCUCCCUUAAGCAUCUUCUUUGUCAAGUAACUAGUUUGUUUUUGGUAGUAAACAUAAUGCCACUCCUGAAUUGUUGUGGAUGCGAUGUUAGAAUGUUGGUCCGUCAAGGCCUUGUAACAAUUUUACGGUUUUACCCUUUUUAAUGUCUUAUUAUGUAUAUUUUUUUGAAUUUUAUACUUGCUGGAAAUAUCAAAUGCCGUAUAGCUA